CUCUCCUCUCUGCAUCCUUGCUGAUUCUGUAUGCUGUUGCUGCCAACUGCCGCUGUCUGUGCCUGUCAUACUGUGUGACGGGCAGCAGCAGCACCGACAGAAUGAAGAGCGGUGCUCAUCUCCUCUUUUCUGGCUUCCUGCAUUCUUGAUUGUGCUCAUAGGUGAAAGUAAGGGGUGGUCCGAAUGUGUACAGGAUCACCCGUUAGGCAUAUCACUAACAUCAGCCGUCCGCCCAGUGAAAACCAAGAACACGACUACAGUACAGCAGUUGCUCCGAGUCACAUCCUGAGCUCUGCCUCCCCUGGGGGCUGCUUUAACUCUAAGGUAUAGCUGCUGACUGAACGACUCAGCCCCAUGUGUGACAGCUGUCUCUCCCUAAAGAAGAGAGGAGGCACUUCUUAAGCAAAAAUCAGGGUGUAACAGUCAGGAAGACAAGAAGAACGAUGCCAUCACGUCCAGCUGCACUCUCUGCCAUUUCCCUGAAGAAGACCAAAGGCUGGCUGGCACAGAAGCCACACGUCCAGCUGUCAGGUGAUGAAGACACCAUGGAGCUGCUGGACCGGGAGAAGCGCUGGAAGCAGAGCAUAGAUGAGUAUCUCACACAAGCCAUGAGCACUGAGCUGCGCAGGAAGGAGAUGCAGCACAAGAGGUGGACGGAACGUGUGGCGGAUCCUCUACAGAGAUCCAUCCAGCUCUACGUUGAUGGCCAAUCCGACGAGGAGUUAAAUAAAAGGAAAAGAAAUCUACAAGAGCAGUACUUGAAUUACUUCAAUAAAACGGGCACUGCGUUUAUGAGUGACUAUGAUCCAUCUGAGUACGACCCUUUUACUAAUCGCCGCAGCAAGCAGUAUGGCCGGGUUUUCACCCCACUGCUGCGUGACCCUCUUCAUCAGUGGUACGAGGAGCAGACAGAGGAGAAGAAGAUAAUCCUGCUCUGUCAGACAGGCCGGAUAUUUUCUGCAAAGGAAAUCCGUGAAAUGAAACUGCCACAGGUUCCACUGGGUCGUCAGACGAUGAAUGGACUUGAAUGGUUGAAGACUCCAUUUGGAUACAUAGAGAGUGAAACCAGGCAGAAAAGCAGGCGGAGAGUGAGAGGAUCAUGUAACCAAGGAACUCUGGAUCUCAAAGCCUGGACAGACACCAAAUGCCCACCUGACCUUUGCACGAGAGAACUGAUGACCUUUCAUAAGAGGAAGUUUCCAGAGAGAAUAUCUCCAACCCUCCCGGGAUAUUCUAAACUGAGGGGUCCUGACCAGGCAGCUAACAUAACUGUAUGAAGUGCAGACUCAGCCAGCAUACUUCCAUGAUUAGUAGGUCAAUAAGGUAGAAGGUGUUUGUGGUAGAUUGUGCUGGUAUCCAAUAAAUAGAUGGGUAGAUUCUUA